GUCUCGACCUUCACAUUACCAAAAUUACAGACAGAGUAAAAGGUCUACAGUUAAAAUGCCAAAAAUUGCCUUUGGCAACAAAAUUCUCGUCAUUUGUGCUUUUCUGGCCGGGAUCGGCGUGGGCCCACUGUUUGCCUUGACAGGUCAGAAAAAGUGCCACGAUGUUUGCCCCAUGAAGUACCGUGUCGUCUGCGCUCUGAACGCCCUGGACGGAUGCCUGCGCACUUUCGCCAGCCAAUGUGUCAUGAGGAUGUACAACUGCAAGUACCAGAAGGACUACCGCAUCUUAUCGGAACGGGCCUGCGAGAUCAUAACCCACGAUGAGCUAAAUACUCUGUUGGGCACCGUGCUCGAGAAAUAAGUUUCUGAAAUGUUAUACAAAUUGUUAAUGUAAUAAUUAAAAUAUUAUUAGGCAUAUGUA